AAGGUAAGAGACGUCCCCUAGCAGAGGAACCAAAAGAGGAGGUUGUUCUCAAGCCAAUUCCGAAACCCUCGAAGGAAGAAAAGCCUGAACCGACGCAGGACACUCGUAUACAAACGAAACCUCUACCACCGUUGAGUGACGAGCCCAUUGGCGACGAUGUACCAGUCGUACCGGAAGUGCCUACAGCGGAGCCACUUGCCGUGGAGGAAGACUCUAACCUUCCUCCCUGGCGCCGUGGUAAGAAGCCCAUUCAGAAGAAAGAGCUUCCGAAACUGGCUGAACCAGAAGCAGUGGAAAAGGUUGAACUGAAGUCGACUCGUCGCGAGAAAAAGGAAAUUCCGAAAGAAUCAAUCGAGGAGGUUUUGUUGAAACCGGUUAGUAAGAAACCCGCCCAGGAAGAGGUCACUAUAGCAACGGAACCAGCACCCGAGGUGGCUUCGGCAGUGGUAAAAAAAGUAAAGAAACAAAAACCGAAGCAACCGGGUGUAACGUUGGAAAAAACUGAAUAUGAGCCAGUAGCGGAGCAGCAAGUAGAGCAGACCCGCAGUGAGCCCGAGGUGAUUGUUGAACCUCUUCCGGAAGCUUCGAGCGAGGAACCCGAAAAGGAUCGUUGGGUAAGAAGUAAAAAACCCAAACCUGAUCAACCGGAAGAGGAAACCAAGCAAUGGCCAACAGGAAAACGGCGACCUUUGCCGGAAGAACCAACGGAAGAGGUUACUCUAAAACCUAUUCCAAAACCUUCGAAGGAACCGAUACAAAAGACGCCAGAGAAACCGUCGUUGGAGCCUCUUAAGCCGACUGAAGUUGAAUUACUCCAGACGGAGCCAGUGGUGCUGGAGGUCGAUGAGUCACAUCUUCCACCAUGGCGUCGUGGACGCAAGGAUAAACCAAAACGAGAAAUUCCAAAGCCAGAACCGGAAGUGAUGGAAACGGUGACACUGAAACCAACUCCGAAACGUGGCAAAGAACUGCCACAGGAAACGCUGGAGGAGGUUUCUUUGAAACCGAUUCCACAGCAAACACAAGAGGAACUGCUUCCAGAGGCUGAAGUCCAGUUGGCCACCGUAACGGAAAUCACUCCUAAAAAGGUGAAGAAGCCGGUACGCAAGGAUGAAGUAGCGCCGCCAGAGAAGCAAAGCUUUCCUGAAAUACCGGAGGUGGAUGACGUUCAACUGGAGCAGGUCCAACCGACGCCCAUCGAGACCGCGAAACCUCUGGAGGAAACUCCCGAACAGCCAUCAUGGAGGAGAACUCCCAAGCUGAAACCGUUAGAGAAGGAACCGGAAGAAAAGCAAUGGCCUACGGGUAAACGGCGUCCUCCGGUAGAGGAACCGAAGGAAGAAGUUGUGUUGAAACCGAUUCCGCGACCGGAGAAACAGUUGGAACCCAAACCGGAGCAAGAGGCAACGAUAAAGCCAAAAACAAUAGAGCCUCUACCGGAACCGGAACCACAACCAACACCGUGGCGCCGUGGAAAGCCGGAAAAGCCUGCCGUAGAACCAACAGAGCCAAAAGAGUGGCCUAAGGGCAAGCGACGACCGCUGGAGGAGGUUCCCAAAGAAGAGGUCACUCUGAAGCCGAUACCGAAGCCGACCAAAGAAGAAGGACCGCAACCAGCGGAAGAGAUGGAGCUAAAGAAACCAAUACCAAAGCCAUCAGAACCGGAACAACCGAAAGCUGUUCCAUGGCGCCGUGGCAAGAAGGAAAUGCCCAAGACAGAGGAGGUAGUUCGUGAAGAGGUCACGCUUAAACCUAUUCCGAAACCGCUCGCACCAGAGGAAACGGUUCUUGAAGAAGUAGUACUGAUGCCAGUUCCGGCACAGGAAGCUAUGAUUGAAGAAGUGUCGCCGGCGCACUUGCUGCAACCGGUAAAGGACGUUCAGGAAGUGGUUGAGACCACUAAGAAAACGAAGCGAGUAAAGAAACAACCAAUACGGCCACAGUUCCCGGUUCCAGGCUUUUCCGAAAUCGAGGAAUCGGUCACCUUUGAGGAACCGGAAGAACCGGCUCAAGUGGCCGAAACAAUUGUCGAUAUCGUGCCCGAGGAGGUACUGGAUCUAAUUCCUGAGCAGACCCCGAGAGAAGUGGCCAAGAAGCGAAAGUCACGCAACAAGAAGCAUGUUGUGUUCAAGGAGGAACUCAGUACGUUCGCUAUGGAACCGGAAGAAAAUGACGAUGAAGAAGAGGAAGAGGAGCAGGUGCAGGAAGUGUCGACUUCCAGCAUUGUGCUUAGCCGACUAACACCGGAACUGAAACCGGAACCAUCGCGCGAGCUGCCCAAAUUGGAAGUGGUGGAAGAGCAAGCGGAAUUCCGCAAGGAGAUGGAAGUCAAGGUGCAGUCGAACAUUGUGAAGAAGGAGAAAAAGCGCCGUGUGUUUAUCGAUGAUAGCCAACCGCUGCCCGAACUGGAAAUCAUUACCCAGAAACGGGUGCAGGAGGUUACCGAUAAGGUGGCUGAAGAGGAAGUGCGCGAAGAGCGCCAACUGCUCGAAACCACCCA